ACAUUCCCGCCAUCAUCGCGCAGCGCUGCGGCUCCACAGUCCACUGUCAACAACAGACGUGCAGGAGGAGCAGGUGAAUGCCGGCAAAGCUACCUUUCUCUCCGAGGAGCACCUCCGAAAACGAUUCUGCUAUAUCAGAGUUUGAGUAAAAGACCGUAUCACCGACAGGUAAGAAGCCGCGACGAUUUAAUCAAACUGUGAGACUGUGUUCAUCACCAAAUUAUAACCGACCAAAUUAGCCUGUUAGCAUGCUAGCCGACCUGCUAUAAUGUCGGCCUCCUCCUCCAUCCAUUCAGAGUGGACGACAUUAGCAGCAUCUCAGCCUCUCAGCUUUGUCUAACAAGGCUCUUUGAAGGUUUUCAUGUGUUUGUAGUUUGGUAAUUUCGCACUUUGUCGUGACUGUUUGCCUCGUCUUAAUAACGUUUACUUAACCAGAACUCGGCGUUAUUAGCCGCAGCAGCGUCUCGUGCACCUUCGCACGUAUUUGCUGUUGUGGUCCAGAUGGUCUAACGGGCUGCUCUAAGGGGGCUAAAACUGGACCUCUAUGAAACCGCUGGGAGGAUUAAAGACUGUGUAACUAUGUUUAUUGUGUUACUUUUUAGAUUUAACAGUUUUUUAAAGAGAUAAUCCCAUUUUGUAGCUUCUCCGCGCUGUACUGUUGGAGUUUGUUAUGACUUUCAACCAGCUCUCUGUUUGGUGAACGUUUUAAAAGCUCAUUUUCAGCCUUGCUAACUGAGUUUAAGAAGUUUCAGGCGUAUUUCACAGCCAGAGUUAGUUCAUUUAUUGUGUUCAUGGCUUCUUUGAAAUGACUGUUGCUUUGGUUUUUGGAGUAUUUUCGGGCGGGACAACAGUAGCAAUGACAGUAAUCCCGUUGCACUGCUGUAGUUUUGAGUGUGUCUGGGAGUAAUGAUAGUCUUUAGUAGGGCUCGACCGAUAUGGAAUUUCUGGGGCCGAUGCCUAUACCGAUUAUUAGGAGGGGGAAAUCCGAUUAUCGAUUAAUCGGCCGAUUUAAAAAAAAAAAAAAAAGCUUAUGAAGUAAUAGAAAAAAUAUAUGUUUAUACCGUAGAUAUAGUGUAAGCUACUGCUCUUCACACUGACAGGAAGACCGACUGAUCCAACUUAGACCAGAAAAGCGCCGCCGCCAAUCGGUGCCUCCUCAUCUUAACUCACAUUUCCAGUCUGGUCUCAUCUGGAGACAUGCAGCUGCCUCAGUAAGAGAAGUAGCUCGAUCACGUUAUGUGUACUGUUGUUUAUCCUACCGUUACUGGCACGGCUAACAGUGUAGCAAGGCUUAUAGCAGGUGGCGAACUCUAACUUUACCUUGUGUAUUACAUGGUGCUUCACCCUUAACUCGGCGUGACCGAGACCAGCACAGCGGGGAACAUGGUGAAGUGGGUUGAACUGAAACUUGUUGACUUAUUGUGUAUUUCACAAACUGGUUUAUUUACCGUUGAGGCGGACCACUCUCCUCCAAGCGUCCCUGAGCUGACUGCUUCAGAUCCGUCACUCUGCUGUGCUGUGAGGUAGUUAGUGGAUGAAGAUUGGCAUGAGGUCGCUGUGCCAUCUACAGGAUAAGUCAGGGGAACUUUUCAAAUGGCAGAACAUUUUCAAAGUGAAACUGAGUUUUGGCCGAUUACCAAUUAGUCUCAAAUAGGCUAAAAUUGCUCGAUUUAAUCAGCUUGUCGGUAAAUCGGUCAGGCCCUAGUCUUUAGCAUAACAGACAUCCCUUCGCUUGAAAUGAAGAAACAACAAACCAUUAAGAGAAAUCAAAAGGGUCGCAAUAAAAAGCUAAACUCUCCUUUUCCUCUCUGGAGCUCAAAUAUGGGUAAUCCGUGUUAUGUAAUUAAAAGUUAUGUAUUAAAAAAGGGGAUAUCAAGUCCUGUUAAAGUGACCAAUUUAAUUGACUGCAGCCUUGAGGUCUAUAAACAUCAGAUGGUUGAAACCAGAACCUCCCUCAUACAAUAUCUGGAUUCAAAAAGUCUGGGAUAUUCAUCAAAUGGAGCAGAUCACAUUUUCACUCCUUCAUUGAAAGAUGGGAACUUGUGGUCCCUUUAUUGAUGCAACGACAGUUCAUGUUUAUGGUGUAAGUACUUCCUGUCCAUGUCAAAAUACUGCCAUCCUGCUUCUGACUAGAAUCUGUGCCUAUAAUCUGGACUUUGGAGUUGACAUUUGCGGUGAUUACCAUGAUUAUGAUUGAAAUUCAACAAGCUUUGAAAUUCAAACAAAGCUUGUUCAAUUUGCCCUUGUUCUUGUUUUAAGGAUUUGUUUGGUCACAAGUCCGAUACCCCAAAGUGCACAACUGGAUAAUAAGCCAUGGCAACCGUAGUGCCCAAACUCUCCAGCGGCGGCGCUGUGAAGAUGCGCUUCACAAGCAUGGACGUGGGCACUACCAGAUGGAAAGAAGGAACUUUUGAGAUUUUGGAAAAAGACAACAAAAUCAACCUCUGCCUUAGAUUCAACUGCGGUGGAUCCUCCAAAAAUUUUCAGGUACAGGCCCAUUUAGUUUGUUGAAUGAUAAGUUAAGUGAAACAACUGUAUUUACCUUUUUUUGUAUCUUUUAUAUUUUGAGACCAAUCACUUAUAGUUUUUGGAAACCUCCAUCCAUAUAGUUUCUGUUCAUUCUUCAGCUUUGGAAGCUUUGCAAAUUUUAAGUGGGAGAGUGAGAUGAUUCAGAAAAGUCAAAGAAGUGCCGUAUUUUUCACACUAUAAGGCGCACCAUCAAUGAAUGUGUCUAUUUUCAUACAUAAAGCGCACCGGAUUAUAAAGCGCAUUAAGCGAAACAAAACAGUCAAAUAAGUCAAACUUCAUUUAACUCAGUCAAAAACUCUGCGAGGCUACGGUAGCUGCAGAACUCCGACAAGCCAAAAGGAUUUUAAGUGCGCCUUAUAGUGCGAAAAAUACGGUAGAUUAAGCACUUAAUUUUGACGAGAAGUUGAAAAAGAAUCUAAACAAAAUGUGUUUAAAACUACAAUCUUUAAGGUAAAUGUCACAUGUUGACAGAUAAGUUAUUUCAUCCUUGUAUUUCUUGUGAAGGCACAUUAACCACAUAUGUGCAGACCUGAGUUUUGCCACAGGGAGCUAAAAUUGAUACACACAAAAAGUUAAUCAGAGGAGCUUUAAUGUGUAAUCAAAUUAAUUGGAAACAGUGUUUUGCAUAUAUGGGGAUAAUACUAUUUUUUUUAAAAUUCUUUAUGUAUCUCAAAAACUUCAAACUUGUCUUGCUUACGUAAAUGCACAUGGAUGUGUUUUUGAGCAGGUAAAAAACAGAAAAUAAACUUAUUUUAAAGUCACAUAUGUAGGUCACUUCUUUUCAAGGACGACAUUCUGACAGUAACAGUGUAACUAGCACACGUCAAAAUCAUCACAUAAACAAAGGCCUCUUUACUCCACCGUACUUGUGCUUGCUCAUUAAAGUUAUUAACAACACCUGUGCUCCUCCCUCUCUGAUAAGUUUGUUUUCUUUAGAAGUCCUUUAGCUUAAAAAAACACAAUCUGAACUUUAACUAACCCGCUCUUGGUCACACUGUUUAACUGAAAGCCGUAUCCUUAAGGAAUAAAAUCCCGCCAGCACUAUAAAUAAAAAGUUCUGCCUUGAGCCUAGUUAUGUUUACAAAGCCUGACGCUGUUUUGAAGCACAUCAGACUUAAGUUUUCUCACAAGCUCAAGGGUGGAGGUUUUAAAAUUAUAGUCAAAUGCUGUAUUCAACCCUUUUCUGCGUCAAAUAUGAGCACGGGGUCUCUGGAGUACUUACAAACCAUUGUGACGUUGACCCAGUUUUAGUUUAGACCUGAAAUGGAACCAUCAUGCAUUUCACACUUUUUUCUGUCUUCAUUUGUUAUUUAUUUACAUUAUUUUAUUUGAGCGGGAAAAUGCAAAUUACAGAGUACAACCUCUGCCUGUUGCAAACAAGCAGAAGUAGGAAGUUCAGUUUUAACACGAGUUUGACCCUAUCGUGUUGUUUUCUUUCCCUCAGUUGAAUCAGAAUGUGAAGAACAUCAGCCAUAACUCGAACCGAAUCACACUGACCUUGAAGGACUCCAGUGUCAUCACUCUGGAUAAGGUGCCCCCCACUUUGGCUCAGAGGACUAAAGAGUACCUGGAGAAGCUGAAGCAGGGAAAGACAAGUAAUUACACCAUCACUUCCUUAAACACCUCGAAGUUUAGCUGAUAAAUUGAGACUCGAUGGAAUGAAGCAAAAAAGGUCUCAUACUUUUUUUUUUAGCUUAGUUGUAUUUAUUUAAAUAUUGUUAAAUCAGUGCAGACUGAACACAUUUCUAAAUCAGUAUCAGAUCUGUCUCAGAGGCAGAAAUGUCCGAAGAAUGAGCCGUACAGCUGCUACAGUGAACAACAAACCACUAUUACUCAUUUGUUAAAGUCUCCUUAUCAAACUCAGGAACACACAUGUUGUUUUCUACCACAGCUUGUUGAAUCGAAACAGUGCCUUUGCUGAUGUCAGUCAGAGGUUAAAUGGUGAGCUGGCUGCUCAGUGGUGGCACGUUAAAUAGCAGGUAAACAAACCUGUAAGUGUCAUUUGGUUGCAAUAGAUGCUGUGGUGUAUUCUUGAAACCCACUAACUGUGUGUUCACACCAAGCACGGGUAAAAUAAUUCUUUCAUGUUCAGCAGCAAAACAUAAAAAAAGACCCAUCAGAUAUUUUAAAAAGCGGUCUAUAUGUAAGCCAAUGUUGACUUUAGAAAGUCUUUUCCUUUAGCUCGUCAUUUAAUCAAAUUUAUUCACAAAAUUAAAGUAUAUACAUGAGUACAAGGACAUACAGUGAUUAUUAAGUCAGUGCUUAAGUUGCUGCAAAAGCUACAAGUUUCACUGGUCAAACUCAAAUUACUGCUCCUGUGAAGGUUUGUAAGACAGAAUCUCAACGUCGUUUUCAAUUCUUUCUUGAUUGCAGUUUUGAAAUCGUCCCAUGGAAGCGCAAACUUCAGCAUACUCGUGAACCGCUCUGUGAAAAAUGAGACCAGCCCAAUCGGGGAGAGACAGGUGAGUAAGGUUAUAGAGAUGUUUUAUUCCCGUAUUCAAAGAGGAAUUAACUUAAGUUUGAUUUGGAUACUCAGACUGCUCACAUCUUCCAGACAACACCAAGACGGCAGGGCACAGAGGGCCGGGAGGAAACGACACCACGAAAGCCUCUGGGAAGCCCGAGCAGAGCUGCAUCGACGCCCACCCGCACUGGACUCUCAGAGAACAGGUAUUAGGGAAAUUCAACGUGAACUAGAGCUUUUCAACUCAGCUUUGAUUAAUUCUCUGGUCAUAAUUUUUUAUUACAUAACAAGGCAGGAGUUUGCUGUUUUUAUUUUGUGAAACAGUCUCCCUGCUCUCUUUUAGUGCGCUGUUAUGUUUUUGUCUCUUUGCCAAGUUAGGAAUCGUCAGUCCAGGCUAAAUUUCUCUGUUUUACCGUCUUUCAGGAGUGAAAAGAGAAAGAGACUCCUGAACUCUGAAAGUGACCUGACUGAGGACUACCCAAAGGAAAAUGACUCCUCAAGGUAAAAGCUUCACACCUCGCUGCCCUCACUGAACUGUAGUAGAGCUGAACACACAUGGGGAGAGCUGACUUAUGUGUCCCUUUCUCAGACCACUCAACCAUCUCAGUUGAGUUUUUUCUGUCCUGUUAUCUGAUAAUUAGGUAAACUGUAGUGUGAGCUUUAUUUAAAACACAUUCAAAGGUCAUUGGAUUGGAAUUCUUACGUGUAAAUUCAUUUACUUUCUCAGCAACAACAAGGCUACUUCAGACCCAUCCAGGAAGUUUCUACUGAGCUGCAAAGACAAACUGAAACAGAGCGAGGAGAACAGGAGCUCAGGUAGACUUCUUCAUCAACAAAGACUCUUUUUUUUCAUAACUUGAAGAGAUUUCAUAAGCUUCCUUUUCUUUUAUCCAGCUCCUUGAUAGGAUUUACAAAAUAAGCUUUUUAUUCAGACUUUCACCUCAUCACGGUGUAUUUCUGUCCUCUCAGCUCCACUGGGUUCAGCACCACUUCAGCCAUCAUCCUUCUAUGGCAGCCGAUCUAUGACUAAAGACUACAGCCAGAGCCAUUCUUUCCUGGACAGGUGAGUCUGAAAUCUCGUAAUGUGGGAUUUAAUCCUCAAGCUUUUGAAAUUGAAUUGAGAAAUUAAAUUAAAACUUCCUAAUCUCUACUAAUUCCUCACAGACCAUCCAGUACAGCACAAACCACCAAGAGAGGCCUUACGCUGCCAAAUCACUCCACCCCCUUCAAAAAAGUCCGGCCCUCCCUGGACUACGGCGGCUGGAACAAGCAGAGGCCUUCCACUUUGGCCCAGCCUCAGCCUCCUCUGCAAGGGUGAGAGUUCACGACUAAAGCCGAGUCUGGACCUUAUUUUAAUCAUGCGGUUAAUUCAGUAUUUCUCAUUGAGCUCGUCUUAUUAUUAUGAUUUACAUGAUCAAGUUUUUCUAUCAUUCUUUGAUGUUUUGCAGAUUUUCAAACCUUGGCAACACUUGUUACAUGAACGCCAUCCUGCAGUCUCUCUUCAGCCUUCCCUCCUUCUCCAACGACAUGCUGAGGCAGAGCAUCCCAUGGAAGAAAGUGCCCAUCAAUGCAUUGCUCAGGUAAAACAGGAGAUUAUGUGAUUUCUUUUUCUCUACACUUAUCACAUCUGCUUUUCAGAGUAUGUUAAAUAACUUGUUUUCACUUCCUUGGAUGUCUCCACUCUGUUCAGGCGUUUUGCUCACCUCAUGGUAAAGAAAGAUGUUGGAUGUCCAGAGACAAAAAAGGACCUCUUGAGGAAAGUGAAGAGCGCCAUUUCCUCCACAGCAGAGCGUUUCUCUGGAAACAUGCAGAAUGUAAGCUGACAUGAGUGCAGUUUUUGUGGCAUAGGAUAGGAUGUAUUUAUCUUGUUUGAGAAGUUACCUGUUAAAUUUUUUAAAUCCAUGCAUGUCACGCUGUUUAUCAGGACGCCCAUGAGUUCCUGAGCCAGUGUUUGGACCAGCUGAAAGACGACGUCGAAAAAAUGAACAAGAGCUGGAGGGAUGAAGUCGCUGCUUCCUCGUCGUCCUCCGUGGGAAGUGAGAGCAGCUCCGAGACAAAGACAGAGCCUGGAGAGGAGGCGGACGUCUCUCGUGUCUACACCUGUCCUGUCGCAGUCAACAUGGAGUUUGAGGUGCAGCACACCAUCAUCUGCAAAUGGUGAGUCUGUCUUCUGCUCGAUUAACCAGACUGUGUCUGUGUGGUGGAUCCAUCUAACCUUUAUAUUGUUUUGCAGUUGUGGUGAGGUGGUGACAAAGCGCGAACAGUUCAAUGACUUGUCCAUCGACCUACCACGGCGAAAGAAAACCCUCCCGCUUCGCUCCAUCCAGGAUUCUCUGGAUCUUUUUUUCAGGGUGAGUCUUUUGCAUCAACAGCUGAAACCAAAAUGUCUAAACUGGUACUUUUGCAAAUCACCUGUCCCUUCUCUCACACAAACAGGGUUCUGUUACACAUGAAGUGCCCUUUUAUAUUUUGAUGGAGUUUGUUUUUCCAUUUGUAGAUGGAGGAAAUCGAGUAUUCCUGUGAGAAGUGCAACGGGAAAGCAGCGACUGUUACACAUAAAUUCAGCAAACUGCCUCGGUAAAUAUUCAGUUUUAAGAGCGUCUGUCUCACAAACAUAAAUAAACAAACAGACGUCUUCUGCUUCUGAGCCGUCUCCCUGCUUUAUCCAGGACAGCUUUUUAUUAGUCAGUGGAAGAAUACAAGGAGCUCUUGGUAAACAAAGAAGACUGAGUAUCUCGUCGUCGUCUUCUCUUUCAGAGUGCUCAUCCUCCAUCUGAAACGGUACAGCUUUAACGCCCAGCUGUCCAUGAACAGCAAGCUCGGUCAACAGGUGGUGAUCCCCAGAUACCUGACUUUGCUGUCCCACUGCUCUGAAUCAACACGACCUCCUGUUUGCCUCGGCUGGAGUCCUCAAAACUCAGCGUAAGACUUCAUAAUCAUCACAGUCAGUAAUUUGAGCUGAGACUUUACACUGGACCUUGUGAAGAACGCUAUUUUCUAAAAGUGUCUUUCUUGCUCCCAAAGGUCUCGAACGCUCAAAACGUCACCGUUGGUCAAUUCCUCCUCAGCACCUCUCCGGUGAGUGCAGCGAAUUCUGCAAGACAAGAAAGAGUCAUUGCACCUCUGUUGUCUACACACUACCUUUUCUUGUCUUUCAGUUUUUCUUGCUUGUAAAAUUGAAACUUGUUCUGUUUAGAAGGACUGGAGGAAAAGCGGCCAACUCCAGCUGCACCUCUGUGCUCAUGGACUCUGACUGUGAAGAGGAGCUGACCAGAAAGGUCAACCAGAGCCGCAAGCGCCGCCUGAGCAGCUGCCUCCCUGAGGACGACGACCGACCGGAAGAGGUUCGUAUCCAGACUCUGUUAUGAUUGAGCCUUUUUUUGUAUCUGUUGCUAUUCUGACGUAUUUGUUGUGUAUUUUUAGCGGGCAGCACCGCUUGAUGCAGCAGACUUUGGCGGCAUUAAUGAUGAUGAAUUAUUGGACGCCGUGCUGGAGAUGACCGGACACGACGUCGGGCUCUCAGCUCCUACAUCGAUGGAGGAUGAGCCAACCAGCAGCCCGGACACAGGCUUUGGGGACGCUGAUGCUCAUGAUCUGGCCUAUCACACGGAUCUGCUUGAAACAGACAGCAAACAGCCCACAGGUAGACCAAAAUAAAGACGGUCAACUCUCACCGGCUCAGCUGCAACUUAAGACAGACGACUUGACUCUGAAUGCGCUUAUCUUGUCCAGAUGUACUGGAUUCCCUGGACCUGACCAUGGAUGAGAACAAGGAGAACCAGACUCCAGAGAGCGUCCAGCCGCAGGGGGAACUUGACUGGGUCCAGCAGUUCAGUCUGGAUCAGGAGAGGGAGGAGCAGGAGCUGCAGCAGGCUCUGGCCCAGAGUCUUCAGGAACAUGUAAGACCAGCACAGAAACAUGAACUUUCCAUCCUGUGGAGAAUGUCUGUCCAGGCUUAGCUGCCGUAACUGUUGUAAUAGACGUGACAUUUAUGACAUUUCCUGAACUUUAUCCUAAUAAUUAUAACACUUGCCUCUGCUCACCCUGUGCAGGAGGCCCAGGAGAUGAGAGAGGAUGAUGAUCUGAAAAGAGCCACUGAGCUCAGUCUGCAAGGUAAGAAUCAAGAACACACGGAUCUGAUGAAUUUUGAUGUAAGGGUCUUAAAAAAGUCAUUUUUGAUGUUUUCAGUCAGUGAAAAGUCUCGACUCUGUGCCUGAGUAGUUUUUGUGACCUAACCCUACAGAGUUCAACAACUCUCUCCCUGAGCUGCUGUGCUCAGACGAUGAUUCUGGAAACGAGGACGUCCUGGACAUGGAGUACACUGAAGCCGAGGCAGAGACCCUGAAGAGGAACGCUGAGGUAGUUCACUGUUGAGAUCACGAGUUAUACGCUGCUGCGUCUUGAUUUCAUCUGUAGAAUACAGGAUGUGGAUGUAGAGUAUGUAUUUACACUAACCUGCUCCUGAACCUUUGAAUUCACAGAGUGGAGACUUGGCCAACUCGUUCAGACUCAUCAGUGUCGUCAGUCACAUCGGGAGCAGCUCCUCCUCUGGUGAGCGUUUCUAUUCACACAAAUGAAUCCCAUUUGAUCAAACUCCUAUAUAUUAGAUUUCCUCCUCCCGUCAAUAUCCUUAAAACACCCUCUUCUGUAUUUUAUACCAGGUCAUUACAUCACGGACGUGUACGACAUGAAGAAGCAGUCGUGGCUGACCUACAACGACCUGGACGUGUCGCGCACGCAGGAAACAGCUGUCAGACGAGACCGUGACCGCAGUGGUUACAUCUUCUUCUACAUGCACAAGUGAGUCGGCAGAACAGCGAAUUCUUGAGACAGUUUAUCAUCCGUAACAAUAUUAAAUCUGUGUAAACUUCUCCUGGUACGUGGAGGGACUCAACUUUGGCUUGCUUUAAGUCUUUGUGACAGGUUUCUGUGAGUUUAAUGGGAUGAAAAAAAAUUCAAGUAUGAGGAUAAAAUGCAGAUGAAAUUGUUGGAUUUUCAAAAUGUUGGAGGUUUUUUUUAUCACAUGGAUAACUUAAGCAACCUAUAUAAAGGUAGAAAAGUCCCAUAAAUCCAAAGAAGAGCAGACUGUGAUUUGCACUUGGAAAACCUGUAAUUCUCAACUUGUAAAUGUGCACAUCAGAAGAACCAGCGUGGCUCUGGUCGCCUUUAUAGACUUAGUACCACACUGCCACCCACUGGACUCAAGUGGUAGAGCAAGGUCUACGGGUGCACUUUGUUUCUCAUAUUCAACCGGGAGAAUCGUGCCAGAAAUCACGUGAGGAGGAAGAGGCAGAUAGGAAGUAGCAGAUAAAAAUCCUGCCGUGCAGAUUUGCAGGUCUGCAGUUACAAGUGCAAACAUGGAGAAGCACUUUUAAAAAUUCUCAUAUGCACAUUUACAAGUUGAGAAUUAGGGAUUUUCCCAGUUCAAAUUAUAGUCUGCUAUUCUUUGGAUUUAUGGCACUUUUCUACCUUCAUAAAUUUAAGUAAUUACUUAAAAAAGAACAAAGUCACAUCACCGUCCUCUUUUUAGUACAAGUUCCACGUCUGACGGUCUCUGGUCUUGUGUGUCCUCAGGGAUGUCUUUGAGCAGCUGUCUGACAUGGAGAAAUCUGGAGCCAGCACCACCUCAGAGGCAGGAAGAAACGUCCUGCAGCCCCUCUGAGUGCUUCUUUAUCUUCUUCAUCUUCAUGGACAGACUAAAAACCAUCACUGCUGAACCCUUGGUAGACUGAACUCUCUCCUCUGAACAGCCUUGAGUACUACUGAUUGCCGUCCUGUUUUUUGGGGGGGUCAUUUUCAGGCUCUUCUUCUCCUCUUUGGAUUAAUAAAUGUUCUGCUAAGGUAACACAUGUUAAGACUCUUUAAGAAACCAGAAAUGCAGUUAAUAUGUUCAGUGGAUCAAAGUUUGCCUCCAUGUUUUCGGGGCUGGAGUUUUCUUUGUUAUGGUUUUACCAGACCUUUUUGUAAAAGUUCUUUUUUUUCUUUUUCUUCGUUCCUUGAUACACUUCGUUCAAACUUUAACGCCGCUCUUUCAGACUUUCACUUAAAAGUUCCUAUCAAACACCAAGAUGCUAACGGUGCUUGAUGGAUUGUAUGAUUUGCAGACCCUUUAAUUUCGCAUUUAAACUAAAUAAAGAUAUAUUCUAUGUUGGAGUAUAAGCUAUUAUAAGGUUAGAGGGUUGCUGUAUUUAGCGGGUACAUUUGGUGCAAUAUUUCCGUUCUCAAAUCUGCUUUCUGUCACUGGGUGUGUGUGCGUGGAUGUUUGCCCUCUUGCUUUCUGUGCUUUGCUCAUGAACUUCAGCGUGUGUGUGUGUGUGUGUGCGGUUGUCUUCAUAUUCUAGAUUCAAAAAGAGAAAGUAUCUGUAAGCUGAACAAUAACAAAGCCUGUUUUCACUCAAGUUCCUCUCAGACAAGCCCACGGUUCUUUUGGGGUUUUGACCUUGUGCCUCCCGAGAAUACUUUUAUAAAUACUGUAUGUAUACGAGCUUUACUUUGAAUGUUGCACAACCUUGUUUCUGAACAUGUUUGUUAAACCUUCAACGAUGUGUUAGUCAGAGUUUCCUUUAUAAAGAGCCAAGAUUUUCUAUUUAUUGCGACACAGGGUGGGAUUCAUCUCGAAGACCCCAUCUAGAUCCGCCACGGCAGAUAGAAGUCAAACUAUAGACCACUGAGGAAGCUAGCUGCAGUGUAAUGUCUUUUAUGUAGUUAUUCUGACGGCCAGUAUACUGAAUUUAGACCUCAGCUUCACAUAUUCAGCUACUUUCUAUCAAAUGCUUGCUUAUAGAAUAAAGCAAAUGGAAGUAUUUUGAUUUCUCUGUACUAGAUCUAAUCCCUAACAUUGGUUGUUCUGCUUUUUUUGUUACCAAUGUAAAAAAUUAAACUACAUUUCAGUACAA